AUGCCAACCAAGCUGUUCAUUCAUGGCUUCGCUGGUGAUCCGCUAGACUACACUAAAGGUCAUCUGGAACUUUCCAAUUUUAUCCACGCGACAAUUACAGACCUGAUCAGAGUGGCAGAACUUCCAGAUACAAUCAGUGAAGCCACUAUCAGAGGCGUCGUUUCAAGAACCCCGGUGAAGAAUGGACCUCAGGAUAUAGAUUGGAAUUGCUGGAAUUGGGUGGGUGAUGCACUUACCCGGAUAGUGAACUAUAGGUAUUUGAAUGUGUCUCAACGAGCAUCGGCUAUCCAUGAAAUGACUGAUGUAUGCUUGGAGGCGGAGGAUGAAUAA